UCUCAUAAAAAAAACUAUUUUCUUAGUUAAUUUGGUGAAUUUUAGAUUUAUUUUUGAGAAAGUUUGUCAAAAUAAUUGAAUUUGUGGCUAAAAAAGUGCAAAAUGCUCAAAAAAUGCAAAAAAUAGAGUCAUCAUUUUUAACCUUAAUUACUAUAUCAAUAAUUGAAAAUAGAAUUUUGUUUUUUGACGAUUGUGCAAAAAAGUUAAUUUACACGUGUUUUUACAAGAUUAUGAUUUGAGAUUUCUAAAAGUGUUUACAUUUUUUACAUAAAUCUCGCAAAUCUGCCCAAAAACGUGUUUAAACAAUCAAAAAGGUCAAAAAUAACACUGUUUUUGGUCUAAUUUUUAAUGAAAUUGCACGAAAUAUUUAAGUUUUUACCUGAGAAACAUGCUAAUAAUACAUUUGAAAAAGGCGUUUUUUGUUCUAAAAUGCUUAAAGACUUGAAAAAGGUAAAGUAACACUAUUUUUAACCAAAUUUUGUGUUUUUUGGCUUACUUUUUAACAAAAUUUUACUCAAAAAUGAGCUAAAUCGAAUAAAACAAACGACAUAACAUCUAUUUGAAUUCCUUUUUGUAAUUCUGAGGCUUGUUUUGACAAGAUUUUGCAAAUAAAAAGUUCCUGGUUUAAAACGAACUAAAUCGAGCGAAACAAGCUAAAAUAAUACAAUCUAAUUUGUUAACUUUUUAGCCGAUUUUAGCAAAAUGUUUCAAAAAAAACUUUGUAUUUAUUUCAAAAACUUUAUUAAACACUUUAAAAAUGCAUAAAACACACAAUUUUUGGCCUAAUUUAAAGAUCUAAAGAUUUGCGUUUCUGGGUAAAAAACGUAUUAAAACGCUCCGAAAAAGGCGAAAAUAAUGUACUUUUCCACUUAAUGUAAUGAUUUUUUACUCUGUUAGGUGAAAUCUUAUAAAAAACUAUUUUCUUAAAUAAAAACGCUCAUAAAAUGCAAACAAUAGAGUCAUCAUUUUUGUAUAUCAAUGUUUAACUUAAAGGCUGAUUCACACAAAAAGUGUCAUUCAAUAAUGACGUUUACUACUCUAUGUCAGUUUUAGUUAUUUUUUGCCACCUGGGGUACACAUUUAUUAAAAAAUAAUUUGUAGACAAGAUUGAGGUUAGGAUUGUUUGAAUUUUUGCAACGACUACUGCGAUGCACGUUAAUAUGAAGACGGGUGUAUAUAUUAUUAUAUUCCAAAGACUAUUUAGUAUAAGCGUUUAUGUAUCUAAUGUUUUUUUAUACUGCUAAUAAACAUUUAAAUCGCUGAUUUGUUGUUGUAUUGAUAAAAAAUUACAUUUUAGCAUUUCCAUUGUUCAUUUUAAUAUGUUUGAUGUUUUUCGCUAAGGCUUCUUUGUUCAUUUCGCUGCCCCACGUCAAGGAAAAAAGACUUUUCUCAUACGCUAGGGAAUUUUCCCACGUAUCCCUCACGGCUUUAUUAACACAAUUUUUGAAGGAGCGAAUGAUUUGGUGAUGGUGUUGGAGUCUUAAAUCGAUCCAUUCCAUAGCUUUGGCUAAGCAGUCCUCAACGGGGACCACAUGAUCGGCGAUGCCGUUCUCGACACACCCCUGGGCGUUCAAAAUCUGCGACGUGAGUAACAAAUUGAGUGCUUUCUUGCCCCCGAUUUUCUCAACGAGCCUGAAAAAACCGAUCAACUCAACUAAAACGCGCUUUUCGUGUCAAAUUACCGCGUCGUUCCGCCCCACGCUGUUAUAAUCCCCAUUUUCCCGUGAAUGAAGCUGUAUUUGACAUCCUCCGUGGCGAUAAUAAAGUCGCAAAAAAGCGACACUUCGGUGCCGCCCCCCAGCGUGGGGCCCUGGAUCAGACACACGCUGAACAUGGGGAGCUUCUGGAGACGAGUCAAGGUGUCUUGCAUCCAGUUGCUCAUGUAAAGUGCUUCCUUUUGCGUGCCGGAGGCUUUUGCGAAUUCGAGAUCGCCCCCCGAGCAGAAGUUGCCCCCAAGGCCGCAGAGGAGCACGGCUUUGCCCUCUUUCCAUUCUUCGAGUUUCUGGACGCAUUGCCGGAGUUGGACCAUCAUUUUGCCGCUGAUUGCGUUCUUUUUUCCCGGAUUGUUAAAGUAAAUCACGGCGAGGCCUUUGUCGAAGUAUUUGUUUGAGAGGAUGACGUCGCCGCUGCCAAACUGGCUUAAGUAUUUCUCAAUCUCGGCGAAGUUUUCUGACAUUGUUGGGAGACUAAAAAAGGAAUCAUUGAGGUGCGGCCCCCAAAAAACGCCCGUUGAGCCCCACAUUUCCAAUAUUCUUAACCUUGUAACUAUUAAUCAUAGGUGUUAAUUAUAAAAAUGUUAAUUUCAUUAUUGCAUUGUAUGCUAAAAAUUAAAUGAAAUUAAGAUUAGUGCCUCAAUGGCACAAAGGUAAUUUGAGAUAAUUUUCACAAUACAGGACAAAAACUACAACUAAGAAUAUUUGUCGCUCAAAGUCCGUUUCAAUUCCCUAAAUAAGUUGAAUCAUACGUUUAUUUGAAUUUUGUUCAAUGGAAAAUCAUCAAAAUAAAAAUUCGAAUCCUUUAAUAACUUUUUUUUACAAAAUUCUGUGCUCUUGAAGUUGAAAUAAAUUGCAAAUAAUUGACUAUCUUAUCGCUGUUUUUAUCACCCGAAUUGAAUAUUUAUUUGUACACACAAAAAUAAUCGCAAUGUCCUUACCUCAAAUAUUCAGCACAGUUUUUGAGUCAAUAAACUUGCUGUUGCAAUGUCACUAAGCAAAUGUUACCGCAGUUAUGUGUUGUGUUUAAUAAUUAACAAAAAUGUAAUUAGAAAUGAUAAAGACUGCACUGCUAUGUAAUCGCAUCGUUAUUCGUAAUUGGAAUGCUUAACUGUAAUAUAAUUUUCCUAUUAACGUGCUUUCGUAAUUAUGCAAUUUUUAUUGAUCUUUUGAAUUCUGACGUAAUUAUUUUCAUUUGCGACUCGCUUAAUCUAAUUCAAUUUUAACAAAUUUUCUGGACCCGACAUGAACACUAUUAAUAAUUAACUCAAGCCUGAAAUAAUUCAAUAAAUUCAAAUGACCCGCCAAAUAUGCUAUUAUGUAAUUCCAAUGGGCCAAUCAAGUGUCAGACAACCAAAACGUGCUUCUGGCGGUGUUGCCACGUCUGGUGAUUUUCAUGAUUUGGUGAAAAUUUUUAUUGUCUGGUGAUUUUUUUGGAAAUGAAGAAAACUUAAUACACUCAUUUUUCAGUUAUCAGCCUAAUAAAUUUAGUAAAAAAUUAUGACACUAUUUGCAUUUGGCACGUUUUUCUACCAGAAGCUUGAUUGUUUUGCCAAUUUUUUUCAAAAAUAAAUCGAAAACCACUAGAUUAGUUAAUUACGCGACUCAAAAAAUUUCGUUUAAACUUUAAACAGGUUGAAAAGUUACAAUAUUAAAUCGAAAUCGAUGUUAUUUUGUUUAUUUCGCUCAAUUUAACUGAUUUUUGAGUAAAGUUAAGUCAAAAAUAAGUCGAAAGAACCAAAACAAAAUUUGGUUGAAAACAGUUUUAGUACUUUUUGUGAGAUUUUGCAAAAAAUCAACAAAUUAAGUCAAAAAUUGGAUUAAUUUAGUUGGUAUGUAGCCCCAAAAAUCACUAAAUUAUUAUAAAAAAGGCGUUUUUACCUGUUUUUGACUUUAUUUAGCUUGGAUUUGGUGAAUUCAAUCUUUUGGACUGUCGACACUGAUUGACAGGUGUCACAAUUGGUACGACUGUCUAAAGUUUGUUGUCUUAUUUUCAAAUUAUUUUGUUAAUUUCUCAUGUGAUUUUUUAUACCAUUAAGUUUUUGUAGGUUGGAAAAAUAAAUUGAAAAUGUCGGGUCAAAAGCCAGCAUUAAAAAACGCAAUUGCGCAAAUUUUAAGUUGUGCCCUUCAACCGCAUUCAGACAUUCAAAGAUUAACAGAAGAGCGCAAAAAAGCCUUAGAAAUGACUGAAGACUAUCCUUUCAUUCUUCUGGAAAUUAUCCAAAGUAAGGAAGAAGCGUAUGCUGAGAAACUCAUGGCGGCGACUUUCCUUAAAAAUUAUAUUGCUGAUAGUUACGGGGCUAAAGAAUUUGUAGCCCUAAACCCCAACCUGAGACAGAAGUUGAGCCUAACUUUAAUCGAAUUGUUAUCACACGAAAAUGAUGUUAUCAGACAGAUGGUUCUCUCCUCACUUGAACUAUUGGUAGUAAAUGAAUAUCCAAACUUGUUCAGUGUGAUAAAUAACAAAGUCAUGAGUUAUUUACUGAGCGAGAAUAUGUUGGAAGUGACUGGGGCUAUACAAUUCAUGAGGGGGUUGGGUUGCAACCAGCGAGUUUUCUGCAGCGAGAACAUGUACUUUCCCCCGGAAUACAUCGAGCCCCUUUUGAACGUCCUUCACAACGAGAAUUUUCCAAUGGAUUUGCGUGCAGCCACUAUUUCAUGCAUGGUUCAAAUCCUCAUAAGUUGUAAGAAAACUCCGCUGUUUUCGGCCACCAACUCUCGCUUGACUGAAGUUUUCCAAAAACUCCUCAGUGAGCCCUAUAGUCGUUCAAACGAUUUUAAAUUAAGGGGCGAAAUAAUUAAUCAAAUCUCACACGCUGUUGUGAACUUAUCUGACAACGUUUUGGAACUUGUGACUCGGUGUUUACCAGCGAUUGGGCAAAUAAUGUUUAAUUGUUGUCUGGAAUUCAAGGAGAUUAUCAUGGGGCACAAACAAGUACCCCGCGACGCACAUGAGGCCGAACCAGAGAACUUCAAUCAACUUAUUUUGAAUAUUUUGAUCCUCAUUAAUAACAUUUUCGUUUUACCAAACUACUCUUCUCUUUUGACUGACGGUUUAAAUGAUUUUAUGUACUUGUUGUUUAUUUUAAUGUGUGCUUAUGACAACGUCGAGGAGACACUUUUCACGGAAGACAACCUCGAUAUAAGCCCCGAAAUCGACUACACUUUACGCGGACGCUGCGGUCACACUUUACUGGUUUUCAUGGACCGCUGCGACUAUAGUAAAUUUUGUGCCUCAUUUCACCACGUUUUACAGAAACAUAUAGCCGAAGCAAAUCUCGCAAGGGUUAAUUCUGAAGUUUACUAUAACCGAAUUUUGGAAGUGCUCAUGUUUGGGGUUGGUCUUUUAAGCUACGUUUUUGAAGAACCGGAACAGAGUUUUCUUUAUUAUAUCGAACAUUGGUCGAAUUUGUUACUUGAUCAACGUCCCGAUUGGACUGUUUUAGGGAGGCUGCUUUGGGUUGGUAGCAAAUUUAGCACUCAUUUAACCCCGGUUACUUUGAGUCGCCAUUUAAACGCGAUUUUGGCCAACUACAACUCGCAAAAUAGCGCACUACGAAUCGCUUGUUUAGAUGCGAUUAGGGCCCACUUAUCGACGCUGAAAUCCAACCCGCACCGGAUGGUUUUUUCGAAUUUGUUGACUGAAAUAACUGAGUGUUUAUUUAGUAUUUCGGUUUUUUCGCCUACUAUGUCAGUCUUGUGUCUGGAAGCCAUGGCGUAUUUUUUCGAGUUUUCACCCGAAAGUGCAGCUCGGACGUCACAACGUAUCAUGCAAGUGAUUCUCGAUUCGCUUUAUUCUCACAUUUCCAACGCUAGUGUGAUCCGAGAAGUGAAAUUUUUGUUGAGUAAAAUAGUGGUUAAUUCGAGUUGUAAAGAUAUAGUUCAGAGUAGUUUCAUUCCGUUUACGAUAAAACUGAUUUAUAAGAGUUGUCCGAGUCCUUUGAGCUUGAAAGUGGAUGUUCCGGAGCGCGGUUUUGAUUUGUUGAACACCGUUGUGAAGUUUUACCCCGAAACAAUUGACGAUAAUGUGGUAGUUCAGGGAUUUUUGGCUGCUUGUAACUGUAUUUUGGAUUUCAACGAAAGUAGUAUAAUGGAAGUGGCCACGAUUUUUAUUAGUAAUAUUUUAAUGAAGGCUUCGUUUCAAAUUAAAACUUUGAGAGACAUCAAAGGAAAACUUCUGGCCGAAUAUGUACCUGAUGUUCUUUUUAAACUCCUGGAACCUUAUCCACAAGAAGCUGUUUGUCCGUCGAAAUUUGGACGCUUAUGUGUCAUCAGUAUUAUGACACUACCUGAACAAAUCCAACCUUGUAUUGAAUCAAUACUUAAGGCACUUUUAAGUGCGUUACAAAGAACAAAUUGUCGAGAUCCAAUCAAAAGUUACUGUUUUAUUUUUGCUUAUAUGUUUAUGUGGCAAACUGAGAGUAUUGUUAAUUUUUUAUCGGGGAUUCCCGGGCCGGACGGUUGCAGCGCCUUGUCAUAUUUCUUAAAUAGGUGGCAAAUAAAUAUGUUGCAUUGUGAGAAAUUCGAGAAGAGUAUAAUUACUUUAGCCCUAUGUAAAAUGAUUGAAUAUUCGUUUACACAAAAAGACGACAGGAUUAAUGAGUGUAGAAUACAACUGGAAUCACCAUUUGAUGGCGAAUGUUCCGGCCUCGAGAAACUUUAUUUGUGCCUAAUUAAAAUACUAUUGAGUGAAGUUGACGGUGACUGCAAAUAUUAUCAAGAGACAGACGAAGUAAUUAAUGAUGUAUUAGUUAAGAAUCAUCCAGUUUGUGACUUGAAUUUAGUGGAACACAUAAAAUCAUUCAUCAGGAGUUACAACACACAUCAUUAUUACAACGUAGUGAAGAAAUUUAUACAAAAAUCAGAAGAAAAUGUUCUUCACCAACUAGAAAAAAAUGGAAUCAAACCUACCAGUUUAUAGUCUAGUCAUUUCGUUACCCGAUUUUUAUACGUUUUUUAAAUAAAUAGUUUCUUAGGAAUACAGCUUUAUGCAAUAUCAAACAAUACAUAAAAAUAAGAAUAUCACAUUAAAACAAUCUUGGAUAAUUGUAACAAUAUAGUAAUAAUUAUAUAUUUUUUUCUCACUACUGCAUGCAAUUGAAAAAAUAGCCUAGGGUGCGUGAGAAAAAUCACUUUUUGUGUGCAUUUUUCUUUCCGAAUAAUUUUCUCAAUAAAACUUUAAGUUUGUUGAA